UUGUCGGCUCUUUUCACAGUGCAAUAGUUCCUCGGUUUUCGUGCGUAAUUUUACAGAAUCAUCUCAUCAUUAUGAGUAGCACAAAGAGAAAUCUUGUCAAACUCUUUGACAGACCAAAGGAAUUGGUUGUUAUGCCUAAAGGAGACGACAACACUGUUUUUGAUGUACCUAAGGAAUACUUGCCUGAAAAAUACAAAAAUGUCGGCAAUCAAAUAGUUUCUCGUUUUGGAGAGGAAGCUUCAGGAGGCAAAAUUCCAGUCACAACGAUUUCUAUUCCUCCUUUAGGAGAAAUUUUGGAACUAAGGAGAGACGACAAUUUUUCUUUAUUCAUACCUAAACAUAGAAAAAUUGCUGGUCAACUUAUUAACAUAUAUUUAGGUAUGCGUUCUGUUGAUGAUCUUCUAUCAGUGGCUGUAUAUACCAGAGAUCGUGUCAAUCCGUAUUUAUUCAACUACGCCCUUUCUGUUGCUCUCCUACAUAGAUCGGAUACCAAAAAUAUAGAUUUACCUUCUUUUAUUAGAUCUUUCCCGGACAAGUAUGUCGAUAGUAAAAUUACUUCGCAAGCUAGAGAAGAAGCCAAUCUGGUACCGACUGGUUCAAGGACACCAAUUGAAAUUCCGAAGGAUUUCACUGCUUCAAACUUAGAACCUGAACAUGUUUUGGCUUACUUCAGGGAAGAUUUAGGUAUCAAUCUUCAUCAUUGGCACUGGCAUUUAGUUUACCCAUUUGAAGCUGCACUAGAAGUUGUUAACAAAAACAGAAGAGGAGAACUUUUCUACUACAUGCAUCAGCAAAUUAUAGCAAGGUAUAACUUCGAGAGGCUUUGUACUGGAUUGAAACGAGUUGAAAGAUUCAUCGAUUGGCGCAAAGCUAUCCCGGAAGCCUAUUUCCCAAAGCUCGACAGCGCAGUAUCAAGCAGAUCAUAUCCUGCUCGUGUUGCUAAUCAAAAAUUAUCGAACCUUAAGAGAGAAUUAGAUCAAAUUGUUCAAGAUGUCGAUGAUUUGGAAAGAUGGAGAGACAGAAUUCUUGAGUGUAUCCAUUCUAGAAGAGUUACCAAUCCUGAUGGUACUACAACAGAGUUGACAGAAUUUGAAGGUAUUGAUGUAUUGGGAAACAUGAUCGAAUCUAGUAUUUUAUCACCAAAUAGGGAUCUAUAUGGAGAUUUACACAAUAUGGGACAUGUAUUCCUCUCUUACAUCCACGAUCCUGACCAUAGACAUCUUGAAUCUUUUGGUGUAAUUGGAGAUUCAGCAACUGCUAUGCGUGAUCCAAUUUUCUACAGAUGGCACGCUUUCAUUGAUUAUAUCUUCCAGCAAUUUAAGUCUAUAUUACCAAGAUAUACGAGUGAGCAGUUGAACUACCCAGGAGUCACUGUUGAAAGCAUCAAUGUAGAAUCAGGAAAGGCUCGUAAUACUUUUAACACUUUCUGGCAAGAAUCCGACGUGGACCUAUCGAGAGGAAUGGACUUCCAACCACGUGGUGCCGUAUUUGUGAGAUUUACCCAUCUCAAUCAUCAGCCUUUCAACUACCGAAUCACAGUAAACAACAGCGGUAAAGCCAGACAGGGAACUUGUAGGAUAUUUAUGGCGCCUAAAUUCGACGAGAGGGGUAACCCAUGGUUGUUCAAAGACCAAAGGCACAUGUUUAUUGAAUUAGAUAGAUUCAGAGUAGAUCUGAAACAAGGUCAAAAUACAAUAAUCCGAGCUUCAACUCAAUCUUCUGUAACGAUUCCAUUCGAAAGAACCUUCCGCGAUUUGGAUACCAACAGACCAGAAGGCGGUGGUAAUUUGGAACAAUUCAACUUCUGCGGAUGUGGCUGGCCGCAGCAUAUGUUAAUUCCAAAAGGAAAUACUGAAAACCCUGGAUUCCGAUGUGAAUUGUUCGUUAUGAUUUCUAAUUAUGCAGAUGACGGAGUCAAUCAAGAUCUUACUGGUAUUUGCAACGAUGCUGAUAGUUUCUGCGGUGUUAAGGAUAGACUUUAUCCUGACCGUCGUUCUAUGGGUUUUCCAUUCGAUCGAGAGCCCAGACAAGGUGUGGAUACUUUACAGCAAUUCCUUACUCCCAACAUGAGAUUUCAAGACGUUAUCAUAAAAUUUUCCGGCAAAACUUUCAGACCAAGACAAACAACAUAAUUAACAGGGCUAUGAUGAUAAUGAUUGUACUUAUAAUGACGUUCUAUGAUGUAAUUUCGAAUCAAAUAAACUUUAUUUCAUGAUAAAA